GAAAGAGAUGUGGUUAAACAGCUGAACUGUUUAAUAUAGCCUAUAUGUUUGAUGACUGUGACCACUGAAAACAUAUUCAGCUUUUGGAUCUAUCAUGUAUGGGACAAACAGCUUACACAAUGUGACACAGAAGUAUAUUUUUCACACUAUAAGCAGCAGCUUAUAUGUUAUAGAGGGGCCUGCAUUGUAAGGGCACUAUACCGUGGGACCUCCCCUUUAACCGCUGUAAUUUGAGGCUCAACUACCACCAUGAUGGUGGUGGUAGAAAAAAAAAAAUCUAAGUUAAAAAUUGCAGUUCUGACAUUUCCCGGCCCCCGGAUCGUGUACCUUGCCUCAGACCUCAGGUCCUAUCCAGGAAAUGCCUCUUUCAGGGGACAAGGCACAAUGUGAAAACCUAAAACACCAAACGCACCAAGCUGGUUUGGCUCUCAGCGAGCCUCCUCCUAAGUUGGAGAUGCACACAUGAGGUCUCCCUGCCUGGGUGGUCUCUCUACUUUAGUGAGCUGUUGCUAAGCAGCUAAUAAUAGUCGUGUUUGCUGAGUAAUUUUUGCCCUUCUGGAACCAAUCAGAUGCAAGAAAGUCCUGCAAUCUGACAGCCCCAGAGGCGGGAUCUCGAGUCUUUUUUUUCCCUUUUCACCCCUCCUCCUUCUCUGCCUCCAAAUGGAGAGAGGUCUUUUCUCCUCUUCUAUUGAAUCUCAGAGUUGGCCGUGACGCGCGGCCCAGGGGAAGACCACAUAGAUCUCACCAGAAUGCCACGACCAUCGAGGUUUCUUACCCGACGACUCGUGUAUGGAAAUCACUUUGCGCACCUCGCUUUUUGAGAGAAACUUACUUUUUUUAAGAGACACGGUGAGUGCAGUGAAAGCGGCGGAGACCUCCGGAUCACGAAAUGUUGGGAUGGAAGGCGCAGACUUUGACUCGCCGUCUCCAACAGGAAUAUGAAGUCCUACUUCACGGGUGUGAGAUCUCCGAGAGUGAAACUCUGUUGCCUUGGGAUAUCGCUGCACGCUUUCGGGGGAAUACUAUAAAGUGGGAAACGGUAACCAUCUCGCAGUCCCCGCAACAUGGCCUCGGCUGCUAAUGCGCCCUCCGAGCAGGAAAACAGAGACCCCGAUCGGCCGAGAGUAACGCGGAGGAACAGGGGGAACUAUACCCGCAACACACCGCUGGAUUUGGAGUAUUUGCAGCGGCCGAGCUACUGCGAUGCGGGCUUCGCUUUGGAGCAAAUAUCCGAGGGGAAGGCGACUGGGAGGAAAGCACCUCUAUGGCUGAGAGCGAAGUUCCAGAGACUUUUAUUUAGGCUGGGCUGUUACAUACAAAAGAACUGCGGAAAGUUUUUGGUUGUGGGCCUCAUGAUUUUCGGAGCUUUCGCUGUGGGCUUAAGGGCAGCUAAUUUGGAGACGGACGUGGAGAAACUCUGGGUGGAAGUUGGUGGGCGUGUGAACCAGGAACUGAAGUACACACGACAGAAGAUAGGCGAGGAGGCCAUGUUUAACCCUCAGCUGAUGAUCCAGACACCGCGGGAGGAGGGAGCCAACGUACUAACUGUGGAGGCACUCCUGCAGCACUUGGAGUCAGCUAUCCGAGCCAGCAGAGUUCAUGUUUACCUUUAUAGCAGACAAUGGAAAUUAGAAGACUUAUGCUACAAAUCAGGAGAACUAGUCACAGAAACUCAUUUUAUGAAUCAGAUCAUAGAAAAGCUACAUCCCUGCCUCAUCAUCACCCCUUUGGACUGUUUCUGGGAGGGAGCCAAGCUCCAGUCUGGAAUGGUCUAUCUCCCAGGUGAAAACCCUCUGCAGUGGACCAACUUUGACCCUAAGGGGUUCCUUGAGAAGUUGCGAAGGGCCAAUUUCCCCGUGGAAGCCUUUGAGGACAUGUUGGAAAAGGCAGGUGUCGGACACGGCUACAUGGAUAGACCCUGUCUGAACCCUGCUGACCCUGACUGUCCCCUCACUGCGCCCAAUAAGAACUCAACUAAGCCAUUCGAUGUGGCGCGGGCCCUGAGCGGCGGCUGCCAUGGUCUGUCCAGGAAGUACAUGCACUGGCAGGAGGAACUGAUUGUAGGUGGGACCACCAAGAACGGCAGCGGACCCCUGCUCAGUGCCCAGGCCUUACAGACCAUGUUCCAGCUGAUGACUCCCAAGCAGAUGUUUGAGCACUUUCAGGGCCACAAGGAUGUUUCCCACAUCAACUGGAAUGAAGAAAAGGCUGCAGCUAUACUGGAAGCCUGGCAGAGGAGAUACUCUGAGGCGGUGCUGCAGAGUGUGGCAGCCAAUUCGUCUCAGAAGGUCUUGUCUUUCACCACCACCACUCUGGAAGAUAUUCUCAAGUCCUUCUCUGACAUCAGCGUCAUCCGUGUGGCUAGUGGAUACCUGCUGAUGCUGGCCUAUGCAUGUCUCACCAUGCUGCGGUGGGACUGUGCCAAGUCUCAGGGGGCUGUAGGGCUGGCGGGUGUCCUGUUGGUGACACUGUCUGUGGCAGCUGGCCUGGGCCUCUGCUCUCUCCUGGGCAUCUCCUUCAAUGCUGCCACCACACAGGUCCUACCCUUCUUGGCUCUGGGAGUUGGAGUAGAUGAUGUCUUCCUCCUCGCUCAUGCCUUCAGUGAGACCGGACAGAACAAGAGGAUCCCAUUCGAGGACCGUACAGGGGAGUGUCUGAAGAGGACAGGGGCCAGCGUGGCUCUCACCUCCAUCAGUAACGUCACAGCAUUCUUCAUGGCAGCCCUCAUCCCCAUCCCGGCGCUCAGAGCCUUUUCUCUGCAGGCUGCAGUUGUUGUGGUGUUUAACUUUGCUAUGGUGCUGCUCAUCUUCCCCGCCAUCCUCAGCAUGGACCUCUACCGACGAGAAGACAGACGUUUCGACAUUUUCUGCUGCUUUUACAGCCCAUGUGCCAAUCGUGUGAUCCAAAUCGAGCCUCAGGCAUACCUAGAUGGAGCGGACGGGAGUCGCUACAGCCCUCCUCCAUCCUAUCGCACUCCUCCUCCCUCAUAUCGCACUCCUCCCCCAAGCUACAGCAGCCCCCCUCCUUCCUACAGCAGCCAUGGCUUUGCCCAGCAGACUGAAAUCACCAUGCAGUCCACAGUACAGCUCAGGACAGAGUAUGACCCCCGAACUCAGGCCUUCUACACCACAGCUGAGCCCAGCUCCCAGAUCUCUGUGCAGCCCAUUAAUCCAGCUCCAGCAAGGAGUAACCCUAACAACAGCAGCAACACCAACGGUAGCAGGAGCAGCAGGAGCAGCAGCAGCAGUCGUAGCAAUCUCAACAACAGCAACAGCGGGAGCCGGAGUAAUGGGGGAUCUCGAGGUUCUGCUACCUUCUCCCAUCAUCAUCCUGCACCUCCUCCUGUUGCCCCAACUUCAAGUGCUAGCUCAGUUCCUCAGGGUGAUGCUGCCUCAUCGACUGGCCAGAGCCCAGAGAACAACAGCUCCACACGGGACCUGUUGUCCCAGUUUGGAGAAGCCUCACUGGGCCUGCGCUGCGUCGAGCCUCCCUGCUCCCGUUGGACCCUGGCUUCUUUUGCUGAGAAGCACUAUGCGCCAUUCCUCCUGCAGCCCACCACCAAGGUGGUUGUAAUCGUGCUGUUCCUCUGCCUGCUGGGAGUCAGUUUGUAUGGGACCACCCAGGUGAGGGAUGGCCUAGAGCUGACGGACAUCGUACCCAGAGAAACCAGCGAGUACGACUUCAUCGGUGCCCAGUUCAAGUUCUUCUCCUUCUACAACAUGUAUGUGGUGACGCAGCGGGCUGAUUAUGCCCACAAGCAGCCGCUGCUUCACCAGCUCCACCAGAGGUUCCACACUGUUCGCUACGUGUUGAAGGAGGACAACGGACAGUUGCCCCGCAUGUGGCUUCACUACUUCAGGGACUGGCUGCAAGGUCUCCAGCAGGCAUUUGACAAGGACUGGGAGGCUGGCCGCAUCACCCUCAACAGCUACAGGAAUGGCUCUGAUGAUGGCGUCCUGGCGUACAAGCUUUUGGUGCAGACAGGACGCAGAGAAAAACCCAUCAACUUAAACCAGUUGACUCGUCAGAGGCUUGUGGAUGCAGAUGGGAUCAUUAACCCUGGCGCUUUCUACAUCUACCUAACCGCCUGGGUCAGCAAUGAUCCUGUGGCAUACGCUGCCUCGCAGGCCAACAUUCGCCCACACCCUCCAGAGUGGCUCCACGACCCGACAGACUCCAUGCCCGAGACACGCCUCAGCAUCCCGGCUGCUGAGCCCAUCGAAUACGCACAGUUCCCCUUCUACCUCAACGGGCUCCGGGAGACGCCGCAGUUUGUGGAAGCCAUUGAGAGCGUGCGGGCUAUUUGCAGCAACUACAGCCGACAGGGCCUGCCCUCCUACCCCAAUGGCUACCCUUUCCUGUUCUGGGAACAGUAUGUUAGUCUGCGCCACUGGCUUCUGCUGUCCAUCAGUGUUGUGCUCGCCUGUACAUUUCUUGUCUGUGCCCUCUUCCUGCUCAACCCGUGGACGGCCGGCAUCAUAGUGCUGGUGCUGUCUCUCAUGACCGUCGAGCUGUUUGGCUUCAUGGGGCUGAUGGGAAUCAAACUGAGUGCUGUCCCUGUGGUCAUUCUCAUUGCCUCUGUGGGCAUUGGAGUGGAGUUCACUGUCCAUGUGGCCCUGGCGUUCCUGACUGCCAUAGGGGAUCGUCACAAGCGGGCAGUGCUGGCAUUGGAGCAUAUGUUUGCUCCAGUGCUCGAUGGAGCCUUUUCCACCUUAUUAGGUGUCCUAAUGCUCGCAGGUUCUGAGUUCGACUUUAUCGUCAGGUAUUUCUUUGCCGUGUUGGCCAUCCUCACAGUUCUUGGAGUCCUGAAUGGAUUGGUCCUUCUCCCAGUAUUAUUAUCCUACUUUGGACCCUACCCAGAGGUGUCGCCAGUCGAUGGUCGUAGCCGGUUACCCACACCAUCCCCAGAGGCCCCUCCUCACGUGGUCCACUUUUCAGUCCGUCCUCACCACACCACUGCAGCCACCACCACCACCUCUGGUGCAGCUUCAGACUCGUCUGACUCGGAAUACAGCUCUAACACCACAGUGUCCGGUAUAAGCCAGGAGCUGCAGAACUACAACCUGCCCUCACGCAGAGGACCAGCUCGAGAGGAGCUGCAGUACCACCUCCAGACCAGCAGAAGCAGAGUAACCAGGACAGAGGAGGAAAGGAGAGCAGGAUCAGGGCAUAGGCGCUCAGCCAGGCAACCUGACCCUCCUGCCUAUACUGUAUCUUCGUCUGUCUCCUCUCAGGGUUGUGAUUCUGGGCCUCAGCCAGGGGCUACGCAGCGCAACAGCAGCAGGGACCCCAAGAGCCAGCUGCACUGGCAGGCCCCGCCCCCAGCCCGCCCGCGCAUGGACGCUUUUGAAACUGCUACUGAGGCUGGGGGCCAUUAUGGCUCACACGGCCAUAGAGAACACUCAGCAGGCCACAGAGCCCGCUCUUCCCACAACCCACAACCUAAUCACCACCUCCCACACCACCACCCCAACCCCACCCCGUAUUGCCAACCAAUCACCACGGUAACAGCAUCAGCCUCCGUCACUGUUGCCGUUCACCCGGCCCCCUUGUCCAACCAGAGCUCCCCUGCUUCCUCUUAUCCAGGAUACACUGCAACAGACAGUUACUGCCCAUCAGGGCCAGAGGUGCCAGGGCCUGCUUUCCAGGACCCACAUGUGCCAAUGGACAACCAGACAGGGGCAAGAGGAGUCAAGGUGGAGGCCAUGGAGCUCCAAGAUUUGGAGUUUGAGGCAGCUGAGAGCAACCAUGGAAGACGGGCUAGCUGAGUUGUGGGGAACAGAAGUACAACGGCCAAAGAUGGACUCCUCUGUAUUACUAAGCAGCUGACCCGGUCUGGCACUGCCCAGCCCUGCAUAGCCCAGCCUGGCUCACCCCCAGCGCUAAGCAGCGAGAAACUCGCCAGUGUUGCCAUCAUGGUGCUCAUUCUUACUGUAACCCAGUGGACAAUUGUCUUAGAUAAUUUUAUCUAUAUUUAAAAGAUGUAUACAUAUGUAAAUAUGAACAAAAAGUAGCUAUAAUUCUAGGAGCCGUACAACUCCUCAUGUUAACAGACUGGGGCUGCCAUUUUAAAUGGUGUGUAUGCGUGUGUGAGUGUCUGUGUGUGCAUUUAUGUGUGUGUGUGUGUGUGUAUGUGUAUGAGAGAAAGUGAGAGAUAGAUCUCUGGUUACUGUUCACUCAUCUGUGCAUCUGUGCCAUUAGGAAGCUUCAUCUAGACAAAAAUACCUGUCAGCAUUCACUGUUGCUGCUCAAAAUAUUUUUUUAAAAAUAAUAUACAUUUAUAACUCUAUGCAAAUGUCUUUUUAAACAAAAGAAGUGAUCUGUCUACGUGUGUGUGUGUGUGUGCAUGUGUGUGUGUGUUUGUGUGUGUCUGCGUGUAGUAGGUGUGUGUAGGGCUGUGUGAUGUGAAACAGCCCCAUUAUAUUCUGGCUUAUACAUCAGAUACAUCCUCAGAACAGACUAACAUUUACACUCAUUUAAAACAUGAGGGAAAUUGUUAGAAUUAUCAAACAGGGCUAUGGUAUAUAUGUGUACGUGUGUGCGUGUUUGUGUGUGUUUAUUAUUGUAUAAAGGUACGCAUGUUAAACUAUUAAUUUUUUAUCACAAACCUGUGGUAGUUAUGAAACAGUUACUGUUUAACUUGACACGCUAUGCGUGCUAUUUAAGAUGAGCAGAUAUGAAGAAAUUUUUUUUUUUUUUUAGUUAUUGCCUCUGCAUUGGAACCUGUUUCUGCUCUCAGCUUUGUAUCACUGUCUGUUAGGCUGCUCUCUGGUUGUAUUUUACUGUAAGAGGUUAUGUAUUGUUUAACCCUAGCAGGCUCAAAACAGGUUCUGUUUUGUAUACUGACGUACAAGCAGUAAACCCACCUCAGAAACUCACUCUGCCAUUACAGGGACAUUCACAUUACUGAUUCUGGAACAGGGUCAACACAGGGUGCGAGAUCUGCACCCUAAGUGACUACGUCUAGUGGAUAAGCUAAAGCUCAGACUGUAUACUGUAAGACCCGAUUCAACAUCGCACUUGACUGCAUUUAAACUUCAUUCACAGGAAUUUCUUGCCUCAAGUAGCUCUUUUUUUUGUCCAACCAAUAAGCUAGCCCACGCAGCCUGCUAAGGGCUAAGCCCUAUAUGGCCUGACAAUGUGUUCUAUGUGUGUCUCAGUAUAUUUGUGUGUAUAAACAUUUAUGUGCGUGGAUGAGUGCAUCCUCUUGCUCCGUCUCAGCUCCCCUUUAGUGACAGUAAAGACCAAUUUGGCCUCAGCCGUCCCCACUGACCUCAGCUCAUAAAAAUCCACAACAUAACGCCAUGACACUAAUUGGGCACCCCCUUUCAACUGCCAAAUGGCACAGCCCAGAGCCUCAGGGGUCAGAGUUUACACCGCCAGCACCUCUCUCUACCAGCAAUGACCAGUUUAUAUGUGCAUGUGUGUCUAUGUCAGCAUGUAUCCCUUUAACUCCCCCUCCUCAAUUCCAGACUUAGGCCCCUUUGACCCUCUCACUCACCCCCUCCACACCUCAGUUUGCCUCCACUUUUACACUCUCACUUCCUGUUGAACACGUGUAGCUCUUCCCAGAAGUCUUUGCAGUUUUCCUCCUCCUGUCUACCACGUUACGUCAGCUGCUUGCAUGAAAUAGGUUGUUCUGUUUGUUUUUUGUUUUGUUUUCUCCUAAUGUCACAUUGGCAGUAGUGGAGAGAAUCAUAGCUGGCAACUAUUUUAUUCAUUUUUAAGUGUUUUUGUUUGUUUUUGUUUUCAGCGUUCAAUUGCGAUAUUUAUAUUUUUGUAAUAUAAAACGUUUUUUCUUUCAUUAUUGUUGUGAUGCCAGUGGAUAACAAAUGCAGGGAUUUUUAUGUCUAUUGAAAAAAACACUAUUACAGUUUAAUGUUUUUACAUUAAUGGAGUUUGAUCUGUAUAAAGUGCUUACUAAUGUUAAAUAGGAAAAAAAGAGUAUAUAACAUUUUACACUACAGGUCUCAUCAUAGCUCUUAGAGGAUUUUAAAAGGAAAAAAAUCAGUGGUUCUUCCAGACUGCCAUUUUGGUCUCGGUUGGCGUGGAUGUAUGCUGUUUUCAGUUACAAAGAUAAAUGUAUGCCAUAUAAUUUAUUUAUAUGAAAAUUUAUUUUUGUAGUGUACAUAGUAGUUGUCAAGGUAUUUGACAGAAGUAUAUUUUUAAAGAGUUUAUAUGUAAUGAUAUACCAUAACAGAAAAAAAACCUUAAGGUGCACACUUUCAUUGCUAACUGUCUUGUGAGACAACAUCAACACCUCCCCUUCAGUAUUAUGUUCCGAUUCUUGGAGAGAGACAGCUGUUUCUAUGGGUUUGUCAAAGGCUAGCCAUGAAAGUAGAAAAUUGUACUAGCUCUCUAAAUAUUAAUGUUCAAACACUGAUAGAAUUCUAACAAAUAAAAAUAUUAUAACUUA